AAAUAUCUGAGUUUACCACACGCUAAACGCACACAAGCGCUGCUGUAUUUGCGCUGUAAAUGUUGCUCUUUCCAUGUGGAGAAUCAAUAAAACCUUCCGGUCAAUAUUUGAGAAGCCCGCGUAAAAACAAAUAAAAGCUGUUCGUUGCUGGAUACGAGGAUUAUUCCUAGCGAAUAAGAAGCGUUUGUGUAAGUGUAAUUGGGUUGAUACGAUGGAGGGAGGGUAGAACUCAUCAAAGACACUGGGUAGCUUUCAAUUUCCCAGCUUGGGGGAUAAGGAAAGUUUACUUGUAAAUUUAAUUUAUUCUCACUGAUCUAUCGCCCUAUAUUGACACAAUCAGCUUGAUAGGGCGGAGUUUCUCAAUUGCCAAAUUUAGCUAACGGUUUCUUGUUCAGUUUGCGACACGUUUUGCCGCGAGUAAAUUUCUUCAAUGCGAAGAACAGGAAAUUUUAAGGUUAUUGAGUUUACAAUUAGCAUGAAACCGCCGCUCAGGCUUACACUUUAGAUUACAGGUUGUUUGUUACAUUGACUGGCUGUACCGGCUCUUAACAAUGUUUGCGAUUGUUUAACCCAACUGAAAGCUUUUUAUUCCCGUUGUGUGGUUGAAUCCACUGAAUUUUUAUAAUGUUGUUCUCCGCAAGGAAAGAAACGAAGCGAAAUCUUCGCUUGGCGUGCUUAAAUCGCCACAGGAGAUCAAGAUGAUUUGAAAGAGUAAAAAGGCAAUUAAAAUUCGGUUAAGAAAGACACGAUGUGGACUCACAACAUUUCUAUUCAAACCUCUUAGAAUCUCUUCACUUUGAAUAUCGAUAUCUUAGUUAGCCAAAUCCGCUUCUCUUUCGCGGCGGUAUUAAGAGCGCCUACAAAGAGUUAUCUUUAGAUCUUUUGAAUUGCAAUAGUUUUGCCUGACAGAUUAAAAUUGAAAUGAGCUACUUGGAACAAAAACAAUAAGAGUCGGUAGAAGACGAUCGAGUCACGAAUUGUGAAUAAUUAACGAACCGUAUGUAGAGCUGCGAGCUGUAAUGUGAUUGGCUAAGGGCCACAUCCGUUCAAUAUGCCAAUCAUUAAAUACGGCGAGUUGUGUUUUGAAACGCUCAUGCUGUGAACUAACACAGAGAAAUGCAGAUGUUUUGAAAGAGGUGUUCCUUCAAUCCUGCCUCAGUUUCACACAAACCUUGGAAAUCCGAACAUCACGCAGAGCGCGAAGUAAAGUGUUGAAGAGAAGCACUCCAACAUCGCAGGUAUACAUUAGCCCAUCAAGACACCUGAUAACAAGCUGCUUUGAGAUCUUGUAUCUCAUGCGAAGUUGUCUAAACCAAAGUAUUGAGAAACAGCUUGCUUGAUCGUGAAAACACCGCGGGUUGACCGCCGUCAGAACUGAGAACGAUUCGUGAGUUGGGGUAAUUAAUCGAGAUCUCACGCGAAUAUUUAUCGUGUAUGAACACAAUGUCUAUUGCUCAUCAACCUACGAUCGUCCCUAACAAUCACGCGACAGCUCAAGGAUACCCAGAACGUCGACCUUCCCACGAAUUUAUUUAUGCUCGUGAGACAAUCGCACCACCACCGUCAUCAUCUCAAAAUCCAGCUCGAAGCGAAGGACGAAGUGUUGGAACUAAAGUCAACUAUCCUUCUUCGCACAGUAUGUUCACACCAGGACCUGUAGUCGGAGCUUCGGGUUAUGAACGUUUUGAGACUCCACCGCCACCACCGCCAACUGGCCCUCAUAGUUUUUUCCCACUGCCUCAUCCUCACGAGGCUACACCACACUAUCCCGUGCAAGCAAUGAACGGCUAUAAUCCUAGCAUGAGAAUGACAGGAGGCCUUAACGACAGCUUCGCUUAUACUACAAGAGAUGAGAAAACUGAGGGUUUUGCGCUGCCACCUCCAUUCCCGAAUAGAUUCGAAUUCAUACCUCCCUUCCCUCAGACGCCAUUUCCAUAUCCACCUCCUGGCAGACAACUGCUGAACCAAGUUAUAGUUUGUCAAUGGAUCGAGCCAAAUGCGAAAGGCAAACCGUGUGGAAAACAAUUCUUCCGCAUGCAUGAUGUUGUUACCCAUCUGAGUGAAGACCACGUUGGAGGGCCAGAGAUUACGACCCACGUCUGCCUAUGGAAAGGUUGUGUGAGAAAUGGCUUGCCUUUUAAAGCAAAGUACAAGCUUAUUAACCAUAUUCGUGUCCACACCGGCGAAAAGCCAUUCCCAUGUCCCUUUCCAGGUUGUGGAAAGCUAUUCGCGAGAUCCGAGAACCUCAAGAUUCAUAAACGUACCCAUACUGGAGAGAAACCCUUUAUGUGCGAGUACCCUGGUUGUGAUCGUAGAUUUGCGAAUUCUAGCGAUCGAAAGAAACACUCUCAUGUGCAUACUUCAGACAAACCUUACAUCUGUAAAGUCGACGGCUGUAAUAAAAGUUAUACUCAUCCUAGUUCACUGAGGAAGCAUAUGAAACUACAUCAGAAAGCGAACGAUCUAGCUAAGAGCAUGACCAGUAAGGACGAGAAACCGAAUCUUUCAGCGAUUCAACACUAUCAACCGACAACAAAUUUUCCUCCAAUGACGGAUUGGUAUACAAGGUUCCCUCCAGCUACAGCAGUGAGUCAACAUGACUACGAGAACCCAGUAUGUAUUACCCGGCCUUCGGUAUAUUGAGACGCAAGUGAUUUAUAUUUGUAUAAAUAAGUCGAGCGUGCGUACUUUCGAAUGGUUUAGACACAUUAGAGUCAAAGAACACACGAAUCCUUUCGAAUGAAUUUCGCACGUUGGAAUGAAAGACUAAGAGGGCUCUUUUGAACGAAUUUAUUUCGACAAAAAUAUAUUCAAGUGGCGAACAAAGAUGGUUUUGAACCACGUUUCAAGCAGAACUUAUUCAAUCGGUGUUUGCCGGAAGUUCUUCAGGUACUUGACCGACAAAAUGUCUGACUAAUCAAAAAAGAUAAAAAUAUAAACAUAAAAUGAUCGCCAGAGAUGUACUUCAAAAUGGACAAACUGACGCUGGGUAAGACCAGAAAUUAUUGUCUGAUUUUCAUUAACGGAUAUUUUAUAAAAUUGUAUAGCAACUCAAUAUAACUUAUAACAAAACAUUUUGUGCCAAUAAUUUAUACUUCCAAAUGAGUCUAAAUAUCGUACAAAGUUAAAGUGUUUUAGAAGAAAAAAAUUAAAGCUGAAUAGGCAAUGAUUCUUGAUAUUUCCAACGCUGAGAUAGGUUGUAAAAUGCUUUAUCUUUGCUUAUAGUGAAACUCGAGAUUAAGUAAUAAAUGUUGAGAUUAUUCUUUUACGGUUUAAAUAGAUUUCAUUGCUGCGGUUUGCCUAUUCAGCUUUUUAUAAACAUGCUUGCGAUAUAAGCAAUGGCAAGUUUCACGGAUAAAUGUCAAAACAAUCGUAUGCAUGAUCGAUGCAUUUUAGAUUUAACUGAUUUUCAACACAAUUGAGCAGAAAUAAUGAUGCAAUGUAUAUAUUCUUUUCUAGAGCAUUGCCAUUGUAAAUACACAAUUUUUCCCUCGUGGAAAGACCCUUUAAA